AUGGCGUCUCGUCGAGCUCCAGUGUGGUCAUUGACCCUGGUGGCCAUUGUGAUACUAUCGUGCCUAGUUGCACCGGGGCUCAUGGUUAAGCACGAGAGUUUUAAGACAUGUUCGCAGUCCGGAUUUUGCAAACGGAAUCGCGCACUCGCGGAUUCGAUAUCCGACAAAGGGCCAUCGUGGCCCUCCCCUUACAGGCUUGAUCCGAGCUCUGUGACAUUUAAAAACGGACAAUUACUGGGGACUGUCAUAAAGUCGACCAUAAAGGACGGAGAUGUUCGACUCCCUCUCACAGUGUCGUUUCUUAAAUCUGGUGUUGCACGAAUUACUAUCGACGAAGAAAGGCGUCUAAAUGGAGAUAUUGAACUACGCCACGGAAGUACUGUGAGAAAGGAGCGCUAUAAUGAGGCUGCAAAGUGGGCAGUCACCGGAGACCUUAGUCCUAGUCCAUCGGCGGAACUAGAGUCGGACCCAACAAACGAAUUCACAAAAGUCAUUUACGGCCCUGAUCGAACAUUCAAAGCUGUGAUAAAACAUUCCCCCUUUGGAAUAUCGUUUGAACGCGAUGGCGAAACGCAUAUCAAGCUCAACGAUAGAGGAUUUCUCAACGUGGAACAUUGGAGGGCUAAACAAGAGCCAAGUGAUGAAACCCAAAAUACCGACCUAGAACUGGACGAUUCAACAUGGUGGGAUGAAUCAUUCGGAGGAAACACUGAUUCCAAGCCUCGGGGCCCAGAGAGUGUUGGCCUAGAUGUCACAUUUCCGGGGUAUGCCCAUGUUUUCGGAAUCCCGGAACACGCCGAUUCAAUGUCUUUGAAGGAAACAAGGGGCGGCGAGGGUCAACAUACCGAACCGUAUCGUCUGUACAAUUCCGAUGUUUUUGAGUACGAGCUGAACAGCCCGAUGACUCUUUACGGUGCAAUUCCUUUCAUGCAAGCCCAUCGCCCUGGGUCUACUGUGGGCCUGCUUUGGUUAAACGCAGCGGAAACAUGGGUUGAUAUCGUGAAAGCCAAGCAAUCACCAAACCCUCUAUCUCUCGGAGCCAAGGGGAAAACUGAUACACAAACUCACUGGUUCUCCGAGAACGGUCAACUUGACGUGUUUGUAUUUCUCGGCCCAACCCCGUACGAUGUCACCAAAUCGUACGGAGAACUCACCGGAUUCACCCAACUUCCCCAGCAUUUUGCCAUUGCGUACCAUCAAUGCCGCUGGAAUUAUGUAACCGAUGAGGACGUCCGGGAUGUUGAUCGAAAAUUCGACAUGUAUCAAAUUCCAUACGAUGUGAUCUGGCUUGAUAUCGAAUAUACCGAUCAAAAGAAAUAUUUCACUUGGGAUCCGCACACAUUUCCUGAUCCCAUCGGCAUGCAAAAGCAGCUCGAUGAUUCAGAACGCAAACUGGUCUACAUAAUUGAUCCUCAUAUCAAAAACGAAGCCAACUACCCAAUUGUGGAUGAACUAAAGAAUAAGAAGUUUGCAGUUAAUAAUAAAGAUGGGAGUGUCUAUGACGGUUGGUGCUGGCCUGGGUCUUCCCAUUGGGUUGACUGCUUCAAUCCCGCUGCAAUUGAAUGGUGGAAAGGCCUGUUUAAAUAUGACAGCUUCAAGGGAACUCAACACAAUUCAUUCGUGUGGAAUGAUAUGAAUGAGCCGUCUGUUUUUAAUGGACCGGAAACAACUAUGCCAAAGGACAAUAUCCAUCAUGGCGGUUGGGAACACCGAGAUGUGCACAACAUCAACGGCCUGACGUUUGUCAAUGCAACAUACAACGCUUUACUCGAGCGUAAAAAGGGUGAAAUCAGACGGCCCUUUGUGUUGACGCGCUCAUUCUAUGUUGGCUCUCAGCGACUCGGCGCCAUGUGGACCGGUGAUAACCAAGCCAACUGGGGCCAUCUUGCGGCUUCUUUGCCCAUGGUUUUGAACAAUGGAAUUGCAGGGUUUCCCUUUGCGGGUGCUGACGUUGGCGGAUUCUUUGGAAACCCAAGCAAGGAACUCCUCACGAGAUGGUAUCAGACUGGUAUCUUUUACCCAUUCCUUCGGGCGCACGCUCACAUUGACACUCGAAGGCGCGAACCGUACUUGAGUGGGGAGCCCUACACUAGCAUCAUUACUCAAGCUUUGCGAGUUCGAUAUCAACUGCUCCCAGCCUGGUACACUGCCUUUUAUCAGGCGUCUGUCGAUGGCACACCCAUCGUUCGACCGCAAUAUUAUGUCCACCCUUCAGACGAGCAUGGUUUUGCAAUUGACGAUCAAUUGUAUUUGGGCUCAACCGGGCUACUCGCGAAACCUGUUGUCACUGAAGGAGCGACUAGCGUUGACAUUUACAUCGCUGACGACGAAAAGUACUACGACUACUUCGAUUAUACCAUUUACCAAGGAGCUGGAAAAUUUCACACCGUGCAAGCGCCGUUGGAAAAGAUUCCACUCUUGAUGCAAGGCGGACACAUCAUUCCGAGGAAAGAUAGGCCACGUCGGAGCAGUGGGCUGAUGAAAUUUGACCCCUAUACUCUUGUGGUCGUUUUGGACAAAAACGGCUACGCCGAGGGCGAGCUCUACGUGGACGACGGCGAGACAUUUGAUUAUCAAAGUGGUGCGAAGAUCCACCGCCGUUUCGUUUUUGAUAAGGCUACCUUGUCGUCGGAGAAUCUCGUUACGCCUGGCGCCAAGACCGCGAAAUACUUGAGAAGCAUGGCGGAGGUAUAUGUUGAAAAGAUCAUUGUUGUUGGGGCUCCUAACAAGUGGAAGAGCAAAGAAACGGUUCAGGUAGAGGAUGGUGUACGGAGCCAGGGCUUCUGCUUGGCACCAUCGUCACUGCGAAAAAACACUCGAGUAUUCGGCGGCCCUGCGAAUUCCACUUUUGCUUCCAGAGAAAGAGUGCGGCGGCGGGCGUUAACAAGAACUAACUGGGCUACUGGCGAUCGUUCUCCGCUCUGCUUGCUGCUGGGGAAGGGCUUUUCAUCUGAUCUUUUUGCUGCAAAAGAGUUUGGCGCAUUUUGGUCGCUUUUCCUCCCAAUAAUCCGGUUAUUGCGUGUUCACGUUGUGGAUGAUCCUGCGGAAAUCCCCGAGUCGUCGCCCGUCAGGUCUGAGAAUCAAGAGGAGCAAGGAGCGAUUCAAUUCAUAAUGUGGCUUAUCUCUGUAGCCAUGGAGUAUGGCGCUCCGCUUUUAUAUACCGUUAAUUAUGCUUGUUGCAUCAAUUUUCAAGUGCGCUUUUACCCAAUUGAUCUACUCCGCCAACCCAGAGCUGACCGUCUCGGUGUUAGGGUGUUUUAUUGGUUCGGUGCAUAUUAUUCGUUUCCUUUGCUCCUGCAGGCGAUGAUGAUGGUCGUGGUACAAAUACUGUUAUUGAAAGUGGCGCUUGACCAUCGUCCCCAGUCCCCGGUGGACCAUACACCGUUUUCUGGGCAACUGGCGGGUGGACAGUCAGAGUUUAGAAGGCCGUAUGACUUUUGGCAAUGGAGAGCAACCCGACCCUACUGGACGUUCCUCGGUUACCUUUCAGUAUCUCUCUUCCUUAUACACGUUCUCAUCCCUCCCAUUUCGCACUCGAAAGCCUAUAUUGAAAUAUUAGGGUUUGCCGGGCUCGGCGUCGAAGCCUUCCUUCCUGUCCCUCAGAUCCUUGCCAACCAAAGAUCUCAAUCCUGCAAGGGCUUCCGAUUUUCCGUCCUCAUGGCCUGGUUGCUUGGAGAUGCAAUGAAAAUGAGCUACUUCUUUUAUAACGGCUCGUCGGUUCCAUGGGCAUUCCGGAUUUGUGGAAUGCUACAAUGCGUGUGCGAUUGCUACCUCGGCGUACAAUACUGGAUGUUUGGCGAUGGGCUUCCCGGUCGUAUUGACAAGGCAGCAUCAAGUGUCGCCGCUGGGGAUGAUAGAUGGGUUGCACUCCUUGACGAAAUAUCCAGCCUCCAGAGUGACAUAAAACUCCCUGAAUGUGAACUUGGCAACCUCGUGUUGCUUGUUGAUGGGCAGGAUCGCUUUCUUCUCAUGGGUAAUCGACGCCAAUUCCCCGAUGCGCACUGGAUCUGGAAAGGAGCCAUCUCAAAAAUUAGAACCCUACCUCUGCGGAGGGUAUGGCUGAACGACCUUGCCCAAGCCGUCGCUUUCCUCGAAUCGCUCAACCUUGCUCAUGGCGACCUCCGGCCUGACAAUAUCCUCAUUGACGGUGACCGGCUUAGACUGUCCGAUUUUGACUGUACAGCUCAAAUUGGGGCAGGUUUCGAAGCCUGUAUACCUCCAUACGGAAGAGUGCUCAACAGCAGCGAAAGCGAUCCUGGAGGUGCCGGCUUCUUAGGCCCUCGAACAGAGCAGUUCGCUCUCGGUUCCCUGUACUACCUAAUAAACUACGGCUUUGAGGUUUAUGGAGAUCGAUGUCUUACUCCAGAUAACCCCAAGCAGCAUGGACCUAAGGUCGUGAACUUGCUGCAGAACAUGAAAUUUCCGACGCUAGAUGGUGAUCCGGUGAUCGAUGAUAUUAUUGACAAGUGUUGGCAUAAUAACUGUGCAACCGUUGAGGAAUUGGCUGCACACACAGAGAUGCUCCUUGAUAAUGGGACCAACGGAGGACGAACCAACGCCGGACCUACUUCCAACAGUGGAUGGCGCAAGGCGUCAACCAAUCGCACCAAAUCCAAGGACGACCGCUAUGAUGACCUUCUACCAGAGGGUUUCUCCCCAAAGAAGGCUUUUUGCGAAGAUUUGGUGAAGCAUGGACUUCUUGACCUGCUUUCUUCGGGUGAACCUGAGCAUCUUGGAUUCAGUUUUGACUAG